GAUAAGACAGUUGCGGUUAUAAUCAUCAGUUGUGUUAUAAUUGGAAAGUACAGUUCUCUCCGACAUUUGAUGACAGCAAACUUCAUUUAUUUAAUAGUUCAAGUCAAUAAUAAAGAAAGUUUGGGAGAGGAAAAUUGAACAACUUGUGCUCAAACACCAAACACACCACCAAAGGGCAAAACUUAAACAAAAAUUCGCCAGUGAAAAUGUUGCAAGGUCGAAGAUGCUAAACAGCUUAGCUCAAAUGUUUAGGAUAUUGCAUUCGAUACAAAGUCAACGAAAAUGUUUGUUUGUUUUGUUCGUCGUGCUUCUAAUAUUAUUAUUUUGUUGCAAUAAUGUAGUUAUAGGAAAGUGCAUUAGUGAUAGUUCUUGUAUGAACGGCGGCGUUUGCAUUAAUGGAACUUGUGUUUGUCCAGACGGUUGGCAGGGCGAUGAUUGCCAAUUUUGUGGCGGUAAAGUACGUUUGACAGAUUUCGUCGGUUACAUUCAUGACGGUGCUGGAAAUUACUCCGUUGGCGUCAAAUGUAGCUGGUUGAUUGAUGCCAGGGAGCACAGUUUGUAUAGAAAUUCACUGCGAAGUAAUGACAAACAUCCGACCAUACGACUCCACCUCGAAGAGUUUGCCACAGAAUGUGGAUGGGAUCAUUUGUACGUAUUCGAUGGUGAUAGCGUUGAAUCUCCCCUACUUGCUGUUUACAGCGGUUUGAUGUACAGCCAAAAUAUUUCCGUUCGUCAGGUGCCUGAAGUUGUGGCUCGGUCCGGAUCCGUACUUCUUCAUUUUUUUUCUGAUGAUGCAUAUAAUAUGUCCGGCUUUAAUAUUUCAUAUAAAAUUAAUGGUUGUCCAACGGAUGAUUCGAGCGUCAAUUGCUCCGGCCAUGGCGCGUGCAAUGAAUUGGAUGGAACGUGCGAUUGCAAUAGCGAUUUCUAUGGUUUUGCAUGCCAAACACCAAGAUGUCCGAAUGAUUGUUCGAGAGCUUUGGGUCGGGGACACUGUGACGGCCAAAGAUGCGUUUGCACCUCUGGAUAUGCGGGCGUUGAUUGCAAUCAAGAUGUUGCACUGGGCCAUUGGACGACCAUAACACCGGACAGUUUUACACCAUUGGGUUCGGCAUCGCAUAGUGCGGCUGUGUGGGGAGAUGCAUUGCAUAUUAUUGCAGGUGAAUCGUAUGGACGUGGUGAACUACUGUAUACGUACGAUUUCAAUGGAAAAGUAUGGGAGACAGUACAUUCAUCGGGAUCAACCGCACCGGAGAUGCGAUACGAUGCUUCGACCGUGAUUUAUGGCGAUAAGAUUUACAUGUACGGCGGUGUUGUUGGUCACAAAGGUGUCUCGAAUGAAUUGUGGGCGUUUGAUGUGAGCGCCAAAACGUGGGAAAAUAUUACGGUAAAAUUUGAGCCAUGCACAACGUCUAAUUCGAUGUGCGGCCCAUUGAAAACCUCUGGUCACACAGCAACUUUGGUGCCUGGUCAUGAUUCGACAACAAAUACAGACUAUAAAUGUAUGAUUGUUAUUUUUGGACAUUCCCCGUACUACGGAUAUCUCAACACAGUGCAAGAGUAUACGUUCAGUACUCGAACCUGGAAAAUUGUUACGACAUACGGGUAUCCGGUUAAGGGUGGCUAUGGCCACAGUGCUGAUUAUGAUCCGCUCACAAACAAAGUGUACAUCUACGGUGGCAUUGUGUCGGAGAAUGAAAAUAAUCAAAUUAUUAGUAAUAAUUUAUAUAGCUAUGAUCCGAAGGCAAGAGAAUGGAAACUGUUGACAGCCGCAGCGUCCGGCCGAUUUCUGCAUACGGCCACUUUUAUUUCGCCCGGUCUGAUGAUGGUGUUCGGCGGCAAUACUCAUAAUGAUACGUCACAUAGUUUUGGUGCCAAGUGCUAUAGUAACGAAUUGAUGGUGUACGAUGUGCUUUGCGAUACAUGGCAUUUCCAAGGUUUGCCCGACGAUUUUCGCACCGAUAUCGCGCGCUUUGGUCACAGUGCCGUUAAAUUUAUGGAUUCACUUUAUAUUUAUGGCGGUUUCGACGGCCAAAUGUUAUCCGAUCUACUGAAAUAUACUCCAGGCAAUUGUUUGGCUUUGCAAAAAGCCGAACAAUGUCUAAACGCCCGGCCCGGUCACAAAUGCGUCUGGGAUAUACAAAAGUCAGCAUGCAUUCCAAUUACUCACGUUCAAAAGGAUAUUAUUAGAGCUCGAGAUCAGGAUGUUUAUUUGUUUUGCGCGAAAGAGAGUCGCAUCGUACUUACGCAACAGUUACUGUUGGAUAGCACACGAUGCAGCGAAUUGCUCGAUUGUCACAGUUGCGUGUCCACAUCGUUUGGCUGCACAUUUUGUAGCACCGGAGUAUGCUCAAAAGAUAAAUGCCGUGACAUCCAUUCGGAUGGUAUACCGAUCCAAAGUGUUUCAAUUUCAUCCCUUGACAAGUGUCCAGAAGAUAUCGUCGGUCUGCAAUGCGCUCAGCUCCACGAUUGCAAUGCAUGCCAAUCUUCAUCGAAAUGUCAUUGGGAUACCCAAAUAAACAAAUGCCGUAUAGCAGGCAAUCGAAGCAUGGACGAUGUGUCCGUGUGUGGUACUCCGUGCGCUGAAAUCACCAGCUGCAGCAAUUGCACCAGUGAAGAAUGCAUUUGGUGUCAGAAUGAAGAGCGAUGCGUCGAUAAGAAUGCGUACACAGUCAGUUUUCCGUAUGGUCAGUGCCGUGAAUGGACGACACAACUCAACAAAUGCCGAGCACCAAGCUCUGGCGGAAAGUCACAAUGCGAAUUUUAUAAGUCGUGCUCACAGUGCCGUGAUGAUCCAGCAUGUGGUUGGUGCGACGAUGGUUCGAAUACAGGACUCGGAAAAUGCUUGCUAGGUGGUGAUAGCGGUCCUCAAGAUCCAACCGAUUGCCCCAAUCAAUCUCAUUGGUUUUUCACUCGAUGCCCGAGCUGCCAAUGCAACGGCCAUAGCACGUGCUACGAUGGCAAAACCUGUGCAACACCUUGUGAUGACUUAACAACUGGCGCAAAUUGUGAACUAUGUCGCCCUGGCUACUGGGGUAAUCCAAUCAAUGGUGGCGCUUGCCAGAAGUGCGAAUGCAAUGGCCAAGCCACACAUUGUCAUCCAGAAACGGCAAAAUGCUACUGUUCGACCAAAGGUCUCACUGGUGACCACUGUGAAAAGUGUGACGGAACGAAUCAUUAUCACGGCGACCCGAGCAAGGGUUCGUGCUACUAUGAUCUCACUAUCGACUAUCAGUUCACAUUCAAUUUGUCAAAGAAAGAGGAUCGACAUUUUACGCAAAUCAAUUUCCGUAAUUCACCAAUUAAAUCCGACAUUGAUGCCGAUUUCAGUAUUCUAUGUAGUGUUGCGGCCAAAAUGAAUAUCACCAUUCGUUCAGCUGGCGGACCGGAGAAAGUUAUCUUCAGCAAUUUAAACUGUUCACAAUUUCGAUAUCGCUUUUCAAAAACCGAGCAUCAUUUUGGCAUCGAAGACAAUGUUACGCUAACCACAUUUUAUGUGUAUGUUUAUGACUUCCAGCCCCCAGUCUGGAUUCAAAUCGCAUUUUCACAAUAUCCAAAAUUAAAUUUGCAACAGUUUUUCAUCACAUUCUCUACAUGCUUUUUGCUACUGCUUUUGCUUGCCGCCGUACUCUGGAAGAUCAAACAAAAAUAUGAUAUGUAUAGACGCAGACAACGACUUUUUGUUGAGAUGGAGCAAAUGGCUUCUAGACCAUUCUCUGAAGUUCUGGUUGAAAUUGAAAAUCGACGACCCGAUGCUGAGUCACCAACACCGGUAAUAGAAAACAUUUCAAAAGCACAGAGAAAGCGAAAAAAGGAUGCUCCAAGUCCAAUAGCAUUAGAGCCUUGUAGUGGCAAUAGAGCAGCUGUUUUAUCACUUCUAGUCCGGCUUCCAACAGGGGGCUUAAACUAUUCAUCAUGCGGUCAAUCGACUGGGUUAGCGAUUGCCAGUGCACUAGUUACGCUCGGAAAUCAAAGAAAACUAUCGAUGGAACAUCCGAAAGAAACCAAAAACAAACGAAAACAAAGCCAACAUCCAGAUAAUUGCAUAUAAUUUUACUGAUUCGAUAGCAUUUAGCUAUAUUUGAUUAUAUUAAUACUAUUUUAUUAGUAUUUAAAUGAAAUGAAAGUGAGAGAAGAAGCAGAAGAAGUAAAAAAAAUACACACACAUUAUUAUUACCUCUGUAUUUAAUGAUAAUUAAAAGAACAUGAGCAAGAAAAAAAAAAAAAAAAGAAUUAACGGAAAUUUUUUCGCAUGAACAUGUAAAAAAACGACAACAACUUAAGACAGCUGUAGUGAACGGAAAUCACAGACUAAGAGAUUCUUUUUUUUAAAUCAUAACAUGCAUAUUACUUUAUUUUUUUUAUAUAUAACGUUUAAGACGAAGACAACGGUAAACAAUUUAUUUAGGAACGUUUCGUUUAUUUAAAAAUGUGAAGAAAAAAAUUGAAAAAAAAACACUCAAACAUAUUUACUGCAGAAAACAAAA